AUGUCUUCGCCUACAGUUGGUUUCGGAACCAAGUUCGCAGAUCGGAUGGAAGUACAAUGUGCUCUCUUGGCGAGGAGCAAGAAUUUGACUUUGACACUAGCGCCAGGCUACCAGGGCAUCCCGGAAAACUUGCUCAUGAACGUAGUAGCCUGGAUAUGUCUGAUCGUAAUCUACUCGGUCGUGAAUCGAACAGCGAAGAACUAUGCGCGUAUGGCUUUGGUACAUCGAUCUGAACGAUGGUCCGAUGUGUUCUACGGUCAACAGUAUCAACAUCAACAGCAGCAGCAGCAGCAACAUCCACAGAACGGCUCUGUUCAUCAUCAAUUAAAUCAGAGCUCCCCGCAACGUAAUCGAUCCGGGGUCAGCAAUCAUAGAACUCAGCCGCCUGUCGACGAUGACGGGAGUCUGGAAUCGCUCGAGAACGCCAAUCGUGAUACGUCUUUCUUCUCGUGGAUAUACGCGAUCUGGAAAAUCGAGGAUCGACACGUUCUCAAGAAAAACGGACCAGAUGCCGUGCAAUAUCUGACCUUCCAGAGGCACAUCAUCGUGUUUGUCUUCAUCGUGUGUAUUUGUGUGACGACUAUCGUGCUGCCGCUCAACGCGCUCGGAGUCGAGUCUCAGAAGAACAACAAAUUCGCACAGACAACCAUCGCCAACAUCUCGAAGGACUCCAAAAGCCUCUGGAUACACAUUGCGCUAUCGUUCAUAUUCUUGCCACUUGGCGUGAUUUUCAUGCGUCGUUUCUCUACCAGACUCCAUAUACAUGCCGAAGAGCCGCGUAUCGGCCGGACUCUUAUGAUCGCCGGUGUACCUCGCCGGCACUGUAAAGCUGAGCUAUUCCGUCAGCAUUUCGCUGAAGCUUACCCUCAGUGUAUAAUCCAAGAUAUACAAUUCGCGUACGACAUCCGGAAAUUGAUGGACAUGGUGGCUCAACGUGAAACGGCGACACAGGCGCGUCUGUGGUGCGAGAACCGGAUCAACAACACGCGCGAACGACCUACAAUGCGUCCGUAUACCUGUGGCAGAUGCUGCUGUCUCGGCGAUUAUCUCGGCUGCGAACAGGUAGACGCGCUCGACUACUAUAGAGUCGAGGAGCAGUCGCUCCUCAAACGGGUGGACGAAGAGCGCCGGCGAGCCUUGAAAAAUCCUGUUGGCUUCGCGUUCAUCACAUUCGACUCGGAAGAAAUGGCCAUGCUGGUCUGCAAGGACCACAAAUCCCAAUGGCAAUGCUACGUUCCCGGUCAGAGUCAGAGCAGCAUAACCCGAGAGCUGAAGCCCUAUCUAUGGAAGGUGGUGUUCGCUCCGCCGCCGAGCGAUCUCUUCUGGGAGAACUUGUCCGUCGGGAAGUACGCUUGGUACAUGCGAUCGGUGUUCAUCAACUUCCUACUGUUCAUCGUACUAUUCUUCCUGACGACCCCGUUCAUCAUUCUCUCGUCGCUCUCGCCGAUCAUCAAUAUACAGAUAGGAUUACAUCCGUUCUUCGAGAAGUUCUUGCCCACGGUCAUGCUAUGGUGCGUGGCGGCUCUUAUGCCGGCCAUGGUGACGUUGUCGGAUCUCUUCAUAGCGCAUUGGAGUCGAUCGUCGAGAAAUCAUUCUGUAAUGAAGAAAGUUUUUGUCUUUCUGCUAUUCAUGGUCCUCAUACUUCCGUCGUUGGGCUUGUCGAGCGCUGAGAGUUUCGUCGGCCGUCUGAUGCAAACGCGGAACGCUACCGAAGUUUGGAAGUGCCUUUACUUACCGGACAGUGGGGCGUUUUUUGUUAAUUAUGUGAUCACAUCUUCGUUCGUCGGAACCACUAUGGAACUUAUACGAUUUCCACAGCUGUGCCUCUACAUGAUCUACACGUGUUUAUCGAGAUCUAAGGCGGAACAGUACGCAGUUCAGCGGAACUCGUUGUUCGAGUUCUAUUUUGGAGUCCACUACGCUUGGUAUCUCCUGAUGUUCGCUAUCAUCAUGGUGUACUCGAUCCCAUGUCCCUUGGUCACUCCCUUCGGUGUCUUGUACCUCUGCUUCAAGCACUACGUAGACAAGUACAACAUUUACUUCGUGUACAAUCCGUCGAAGACCAACAAGUACAUUCAUGCAACGGCCAUCGACUUUGUGAUCAUUUCACUGAUAUUGUUACAGUUUGCUCUGUUCAUGUACCUCUACUUCAAAUCGGAUGCCAGCAUGUACACCGUGGUCAUGUGUGUCAUCUUCAUGAUGUCGUUCUGCUUGUUCAUCGGCCAGGCCAUGAUCAAGUGUUUCCGCGAUUUUGGCGCUAUCAAGUACGUUCGCCAGCUGCAGAAGACUCUCGAGCGGCGUAGAUCUCGGGAAUCGGGUUUGCGAAUACGCGACAAUCCCUAUAUCCCCGAUGCCUUGAAGCAUCGUCCGAUCCCGAAUCUGAACCAGUCGCAAUCGGCUGGAAACCUGCCUCUGUUCGGAUCAGGGAGCAAUGCGACCGGCAACAACGACGUUCGCGCUCCCCUCCCUCCUACUAACGGCGGCUUGGCGAACGGCUCCGCUGGCGGAGCCCUCAGUGGAUCUCCUCUAGAAGCUCCUCGAAGCCACUCGAUGAAUGACCUUCUAUCGGCCGGUUCCGAAAGAGCGGAAUUCUCUUUGGCUUGCGAGGACGUGGCGAUGACAACCGAAGAUGAGUGUGCGUCCACCGAAGCCGAGGACGACGAAAUGCGUCGAGUUGUUCUCGCAGCCAACGGACAUGUUAAUCACUAUCAGCGUUUCUGA